UUUGGGGGUUUACAUGCAAUAUUGGUCGAUCUGAUAUUGUACAUACAAAUGCCGAACAGAACUGCAGUGAAAGUGCCCCACUUAAUCAUCCAAACCCUGCUUACCUAAGACGCGGGUUGUCGCUGUUUUGAAGCUUCCGCGUCUCCUCACGGUAAUCCAUUGUCUCCAUAACCGCUCUUCCCGAACCUCUUUCCCUAAUCCCUUCUGCUGCGGUAUUUGCUUCGAGCUCCAUACCGCACAGAUGUUGAACCUCAUUCGCAGUCGGCCCUUGACCGCCGCCCUAAGGUCCACCGUUAUUUCUCCUCUCAGACAGACGGUCGUGCAACAACGACGGAAUCUAGCCAUUCAUGAAUACCUCUCUGCCGAUAUCCUCAAGUCAUAUGACAUUGGUGUUCCACGGGGUGAGGUCGCCCGUUCGGCCAAGGAGGCAGAGGAGAUCGCGAAGAAGAUCGGCGGAGAUGACAUGGUCAUCAAGGCACAGGUCCUCGCCGGUGGGAGAGGGAAGGGGACGUUCGAUACUGGAUUCAAGGGCGGAGUGCGGGUGAUCUACUCACCGACCGAAGCUCGAAUCCUCGCCGACCAAAUGAUCGGACACAAGCUCAUCACCAAGCAAACCGGCGCCGGCGGCCGUCUUUGCAACUCCGUCUAUAUCGUCGAGCGUAAAUUUGCCCGAAGAGAAUUCUAUCUCGCCGUCCUGAUGGACCGUGGCUCGCAAGGGCCCGUCAUCGUUGCUUCUUCGCAAGGUGGCAUGGACAUCGAGGCCGUCGCCAAGGAGAACCCGGAGGCAAUCAUCACGACCAAAGUCGACAUCCACACGGGCGUGACUGACGAGAUGGCGCGGAAGAUCGCAACGGAUCUCGGCUUCUCGGAGCAGUGCAUCGAGGAAGGGAAGGACACCAUCCAGAAGCUCUACAAGGUGUUCAUGGAGAAAGACGCGACGCAGAUCGAGAUCAACCCGCUAUCCGAGACCACAGACCAUCAGGUGCUCUGCAUGGAUGCCAAGCUGAACUUCGACGACAACGCCGACUUCCGCCAGAAGGAGGUCUUCUCCUACCGCGACACCUCGCAGGAAGAUGCUGACGAGGUCAAGGCCGCGGAGCAUGGGCUGAACUUCAUUAAGCUGGACGGCGACAUUGGCUGCUUGGUCAACGGUGCGGGUCUGGCUAUGGCGACGAUGGAUAUCAUCAAGCUCAAUGGCGGGCAACCGGCGAAUUUCCUGGAUGUCGGCGGCGGCGCCACUCCGGAAGCGAUCAAGGAGGCGUUCGAUCUCAUCACCAGCGACCCGAAGGUGACGGCGGUCUUUGUGAACAUCUUCGGAGGGAUUGUCCGUUGCGAUGCGAUUGCGAAGGGCUUGAUUGGGGUCGUGGAGACCAUGGAUAUCCGAACGCCGAUUAUUGCUCGGUUGCAGGGAACGAAUAUGGAGGAAGCCCAUCGCUUGAUCAACGAGUCCGGCUUGAAGAUCUUCUCCAUCGAGGAUCUCCAGACCGCAGCGGAGAAGUCGGUGCAGUUUUCCAAGGUUGUCAAGAUGGCUCGCGAUAUUGACGUUGGCGUCGAAUUCACUCUGGGUAUUUAAGCCCAUUUCAAGCUUGUUAAUUCGGGUGUUUAAUCGAUUACUCCGGUUCUGCCCCUUUGUAUUACCCGAUAAGUGUUUAUUACAUUACUGUCUACCAGCUAUAUGAUCAGGCUCGCUUAGAUCUGCCCGACAAUGUCCAUUCGAUCCAUUUCACUCAACCAGCCCAUGACAAGUGUUCCAUUCCCAACCCCGUUCUAACACGCCUCAGGAGAUCGACCAUCCUAGGAAAUCUAGCUUUGGAUGUUGACCCGUCCUGUGCAGGCUGUCAAACGCUUUUAUUACCCCAACCAGGUGGCAGCACGCUGCGAUCAGGACGAAGAAAUGGAAGAUUUGGUGGGAGCUACCCCAGAUGUCGAAAUGGCCAGGUUUUAGCCGCUCCGGAACACG